AUGUUGCAGUCUGAUGUUAUGAAUUCCGACGACAACGAGAGUGAUGAAUUUGAGGCAAGUGGCGAGGUCGGGGACGAGAAGACUGCGAUAGAUGUAGAGCAGACUUGGACGGGACGAGCACUCACAGGAAAACUGCAAACAUGGAUAGCGUCACAACUUUCAGACAAAGUGGCAGAAGAUCUAACUGGGCACGUUUCAAGUUUACGUGAAGAUGUGGAGUGUCAACGCAGUGUGUCUGCAAGGCUUGAGUGUGACUUGAGCCAACAAACAGUUCUCUUCCAGUCCUCACUACAACAGACACGGAAAGAUAUCGAGCGGCAACAGAGUUUGCUAACAAAGCAGCAAGAUAUUGUAAAUAGUCUGGUUAAUAGCAAGAUAAAGCAAGAUUUGUUUGUUGAUGGAGGGUUGCUGGGUUGUUCUCUUUUGGUAGUAAAUUCCUUUAUAGUCAAUUUUCCCUUGAAGGUAAUUUUGUCAUUUGUUCCAAGAGAUCAACUUCAAAAAUGGUUGAGAUUAAUGUUGAAAUUGUUGUUGUUGGUAAGGACAUUUAGUUAUGUCCGUGGGUUUCUAGUGAAAUAUGGGUUGCACAGCAGGUUGUGUAAUGAUUUUUUUCUACAAAUUAUUAUUAAUUGUAAUGUACAUUAACGAUUUGUUUAGGGUGGGGUCUGUUUGGUCUUAUGCAAGGCUACUGCUUGCUGUUGGUGAAUGGUCUUAUGAACGCAUGUCUCAAUCAAUUUGGGGAAGACAAAAAGUUGUUGCAGGGAGUGGCGACCAAAUGAAUACGAAAUGCAAUCGGCCCAGUGGAAUGGAGCUUUGUUGACAUUGAAAUUGUAUUCCUGUAGUAUUGUAAUAGAAAUAAUAAUAACUACUA